AUGGGCGAUCGCGUGUGGGGUGCGGUGUUGCGGGUGGUGGCGGUGCAGGCGGCGUGGGCGCUGUGCUCGGGGCAGGUGCGGUACUCGGUGCCGGAGGAAGCCAAGGCCGGGACGGUGGUGGGCCGUGUGGCGCAGGACGUGGGUCUGGAGGCGGGCGAGGCGGAGGCGCGGCGGCUGCGGCUGGUGUCUGCGGGCCGGCGGGCGAGCGUGGAGGUGAGCGGGGCGAGCGGGGCGCUGGUGGUGAGCUCGCGGCUGGACCGGGAGGAGCUGUGCGGCAAGAGCGCGCCGUGCGCGCUGCGGCUGGAGGUGCUGGUGGAGCGGCCGCUGCGCGUCUUCCACGUGGAGCUGGAGGUCACCGACAUCAACGACAAUGCCCCGACCUUCCCCGCCGCCCGAAAAAACAUCAGUUUACCGGAGAAUUCCCCUCCCGGCUCCCGUUUCCCGCUGGAGGACGCAUCAGAUGCGGAUAUCGGAGCGAACGCUCAGCUCUCCUACACACUGAGCCCCAGCGAACAUUUUAGAAUAGAGGAAGAAAACACUGACUCGCACAGUAAGUCCUUGUUUCUGAUAAUCGCGAAACCUCUGGAUCGGGAGACGACUCCCGUUCACCGGUUGUUGCUGACGGCGAGUGACGGGGGCCGGCCGUCUCUGACUGGCACAGUGGAGCUGGUGAUCUCAGUGCUUGACGUGAAUGACAACGUACCCCAGUUCAACCAGUCGGUUUACAAAGUAGGUUUGCCCGAGGACGCUUUAGUCGGGAAAAUAGUGGUACGUGUCAACGCCACAGAUCCGGACCUGGGAAUUUACGGAGAAGUGAUUUAUGAAAUUGAUUCUGUUAUUCCACCGUCGGCCACAGAUGUUUUCAGCAUUGAUGCAAAUAGUGGCGAGAUCAGAUUGACGGGUACCCUGGAUUAUGAGACUGUUACGAUAUACAACCUGCAAGUUAGGGCUAGAGAUAAGGGAAUGCCGCCGUUGUCGGGGCACUGCAAGGUGUUGCUGGAGGUGCUGGACGUGAACGACAACGCGCCGGAGGUGCGGGUGACGUCGCUGUCGGUGCCGGUGGCCGAGGACGCGUCGCUGGGGACGGUGGUGGCCCUGCUGAGCGUGUGGGACCGGGACUCGGGGUCGAACGGUGACGUGCGGUGCUGGGUGUGGCCGUCGGGUCCGUUCGUUCUGGAGGCGACGUUGUCGGGGUCGUACUCGCUGGUGCUGCGGGAGGCGCUGGACCGGGAGCGGGUGUCGGAGUACGAGGUGGAGGUGCGUGCGGAGGACGGCGGUUCUCCGUCGCUGGGCGGCCGCGUGGGGCUGCGUGUGCCGGUGUCGGACGUGAACGACAACGCGCCGUCGUUCGCGCAGGCGGUGUACACGGUGCUGGCGCGGGAGAACAACUUGGCGGGCGCGGAGCUGGCGCGGCUGUGGGCGCGGGACCCGGACGAGGCGGGCAACGGGCGCGUGAGCUACUCGUUGUGGGAGGGCGCGUUGGGCGGGGGGUCGGGGUGGUGGGGGUCGGGGUGGGCGGGGGGUGUGUCGGCGUCGAGCUACGUGUCGGUGGAGGCGGAGAGCGGUGUGUUGCGGGCGCUGCAGCCGCUGGACUACGAGGAGGUGCAGGUGCUGCAGUUCGAGGUGCGUGCGGUGGACGCGGGGGAGCCGGCGCUGUGCGGCAACGCGACGGUGCAGCUGUUCGUGCUGGACGAGAACGACAACGCGCCGGCGCUGCUGCCGGCGGCGGGCGGCGGGGCGGAGGCCGGGUCCGGGUCGGGGGAGGCGGGGACGCUGUGGGCGUGGGCGGCGUGGGGUUCUCCGUCGGGUCAGGUGGUGGCGAAGAUCCGGGCGGUGGACGCGGACUCGGGCUACAACGCGUGGCUGCGCUACGAGCUGUGGGAGCCGCGGGGCAAGAGCGCCUUGUUCCGCGUGGGGCUGUACAGCGGCGAGGUGAGCACGGCGCGGGCGCUGGAGGAGGCGGACGGUCCGCGGCAGAGGCUGGUGAUCGUGGUGCGGGACCACGGCGAGCCGGCGCGCUCGGCCACGGCGACGCUGAGCGUGUCGCUGGUGGAGGGCGGCGAGGCGGCGCUGGCGGCGGCGGCGGGCUCGUCGUCGCUGCUGCCGCGCUCGUUGGCGGGCGGCGAGAGCGGCUCUGGGCCGGCGGCGUUGGCGUCGUCGGCGACGAACGUGUGGCUGGUGGUGGCGAUCUGCGGCGUGUCGAGCGUGUUCCUGCUGGCCGUGGUGCUGUACGGGGCGUCGCGCUGGGCGCCGCGGGCGGCCGUGCUGUCGGGGCCCGGGCCCACGACGCUGGUGUGCGCCAGCGAAGUGGGCAGCUGGUCGUACUCGCAGCGCCACAGCCGGAGCCUGUGCGUGGCGGACGGCGCGGCCAAGAGCGACCUGAUGGUUUUCAGCCCCAACUUCCCGCCGCCGCCCGGCGCCGCGGCCAAGGACACGCAGCCGGAGCCUCCCUCUCUCCUCGACACGGUCAGUGGCCCUUCCUUGCUCUUGUCUCCUUCUUCCCUCCUCCCUUCUGCCCCUUCUCUCCCGCCCCCUGGUCAGGCAGUGCUCGGAGCCGGGCUCAGCUCCUGCAGUCGCAGGGCGAUGGGUGCUUUGCAGGUGAUUAAGGAUGUCAGUGGCACCUUUGCAUCGCUUGCCGAGUUCUUUCGGUAG